CGGCGCGUGCGCAGUGUGGAGGCAGCGCGAGCUGGAGCGGCGGAUCAACAGCGCGAGGAGUUUUAGCUCGUAAUUCUUAUAUCUGUUAAUUGAUGUGUUUAUGAAUCUGCGCCAUGGCAGGAAUUAAAGCUCUCAUCAGUCUGUCGUUUGGAGGAGCGAUCGGGCUGAUGUUCCUGAUGCUCGGCUGCGCUCUGCCCGUCUAUAACGAGUACUGGCCGCUCUUCCUCCUCUUCUUCUACAUCCUGUCGCCCAUCCCGUACUGCAUCUCUCAACGCGUGGUGGACGACACGGAUUCUGCUAGUAAUGCCUGUAAAGAGCUCGCCAUAUUCCUCACCACGGGAAUCGUUGUGUCUGCGUUCGGGCUGCCCAUCAUAUUCGCCCGCGCUAGUGUGAUCGCGUGGGGAGCGUGCGCUCUCGUCCUGACGGGAAACAUCGUGAUCUUCGCCACCAUCAUGGGCUUCUUCCUGGUGUUUGGGUCGAACGACGACUUCAGCUGGCAGCAGUGGUGAAGCCUGACGCCGCGUCCGGACUGUUUCACUGAAAUACUGUUACUGCUUUUAUUUAUAAUUGCCGCCCAUCAUUAGACGCAGGAAAUCAGUGCAAUAAUUUAGCUGGUUUUAGAUUGGUCUGACCUCAGAUAGACAUUUGUUUUGUGUCCUCUCUCAUCUCACGCAUGCACGCUCUCAUGAGUUCAGGUGGUCGCAGGAAAACACUGGAGACAAACACGUUUCGUCUGAGCAUUGGACGAAAGUUACUCCUGUCUGAAACAUUUCAAAUUAAUAUGAAACAUUUCCAAGCAUCUGUACACGGCAGAUCAGUCAUAUUCUUAAUUUAAGACCAUAUCAAUAUUAAUAUCAAAGUUAGUUUUUUUACCUAAUUGGCAGUUUUUGUUUUGAUGCAUAAACCUCACAACGUUUGUCUGAUCGACGCUUAUAACGAACAAUAAAACUUGACAAUGCCGUUAGAAAAAUAAUAAACAAUUGAAGGAUGCAACAUAUUUUACUGGAUAAUAAAUGCUUGAGAAAUGAUUUUUGGACCAUCUCGAAACUGACAUUUGCAUUUUGUGUUUGAUUGUAUUUAUUUGUUUUGCGGAUAUAUUCUUGUUUAUGUUUCAGCUUCUCGCUUAUUCCAUGUUAACUGUGACAUUUCUGUUGAUUUGAAGGAUUUGGUAAGUUGCUCCGUGAAGGCGUUGAAACCUCACAGUAACCAUCAGCUAACUAUCAACAUGCCUGUUACAUACAAGUCAUUGAUUUAAAGGAAUGUACAUUAGCUCAUAUGUCAUCAUGAACUCAGAGUAAGACGAGAUCAUGCGAGUGUUUGUAAACGGAUCUGGACUCUGUUCUAGACUCUCGUGAGCAUGAAGAGAGGAUUGAUGAGAUUUAAGAAGUGUAACACGUGUAUCUACUGUUAUUGUGAGUGAUUCAUCAGUGCAUGUUAUUCCCCCCCAAAUGAUUUAUAUUACUGGCUCCGCCUCUGAAAGUCUGCGGUCAUAUAGACCCUUCACACCGUCCCAUCUAUUUAAUAUCUCGUUUCACUAGAAACUCUGUUUCAUGUUGACUUUAAGGUUUUCUGUUCGUCACUGUCUGAGCAGAACCGAUGUAACGUGACUUUUCUAUCUUGUUCUUUUUUUCUUUUCUUUUUUUUUAUUAAAUAAAAGCCAUUUAG